AUGGCGGACGGCAGAGCUGCUGUAAGGAUUAUCUUGUUGGUUGGAUGUUUUUGCUUAUCGUCAGCGAUAUUUUCCUCAAAUGAUAAUCAAGAAAGGAAGGUAAGACAUAGCAAAUAUGUACUGAAACUCACUGAAGGGUUUUUUUUUUCGGUGAACUAUAUCCGAAUUGAAACCAACCCGCUUAUGUAGUACAAAAUACUUGCGUGAGGUAUCUUGUCAGUGUCUUGUUUGUAUAAAAUUUUAUUAAAUUGAUCACUACUUGUGCCAUGUGUUGAUUCCCACACUAAAAAACUACAACGUAGUACUUGCAGUGACAGUACAGGAACCCUGCCAGUGGCAGGUGAUCCUGGGAUGUUUCCUUUUUUGCCUUCUUGGACGUUUUCAGAAUAGGAACAUACUUUGCUAGUCACAUGUUAUUUCCAAAUAAAAUUCAGCACGGGACCGGUCGUUUUGAUACAAGUUACUUCUAUACAAGUUAAUUCAGUCGAGGUGGAAACAGUUUCACGUACUUGGCUUAAAGAACAUGGAAUAUUCAACCCAUCACAGCAUUCUGGUAUAGCAUCCAUCAAGGGAGUUUGUCUUAGCAAUGGUGAGAGUACACAUGACGAGCUUUGAAGCGCGAAAAAAUUUUAUGCAAAUUAGCUGGCUGCACAUUGAAUGUGCAGCCAGCUAAUUUGCAUAAGUAAUUCAAAUCCAAGGUCUGACAGCUCUAGGCUUUUGAGGUGUCGGCUGAAUACCCUAGGACUUCCGUAAAUUGUCCACAAAAGAGUACCUCAAGCUACCAUAUACUGAAAUGAAAGUAACCACAAUAUCCAAUUAAAGCAAGGUUUAAAUCUUUUUCUGGUCCGCUAACCGCUCUUCCAAGGCACUUAUUAUUUCGGUAAUAAUAAAACGGCGUAAACAUUUUACAUUGCACCUUUAUCAGUCUCAGGCAGUAAGAUAGUAUGAAAUGGAGGUAAACUCCAGAAUUCAGUUUUGUGACUGCACUGCAAUUUUGAAACUAUUUAAGCCGCUUCCUAAAAGGUCGGGAAAAUGUUUUUCGUAAAAUUCGUAAACGUAGCUCCUUAGACUCUAAUUUAACAUUACCAAAUUUAACAAACGCACUAACUACUUUAUGGUCCUGUAUCAGUAUGUAAAGGCAUCAAAUCCUUAUAAAGCCGACAGGAACAACAAUUAACAGACAAGUACCAAUAUGAUUUAAGAUUUUUUUUACUGCUUUUAUAUCAAGCAAAUGAAAUAGUCCUGGCGAUAUGUCAUUAUCGCAAAAUCACCAAAUUCAGAGGCUCCUAGAUCACUAACACAAAAUACUGCAAUAAAUGUUCUUAUACCGCUCUUUUACUCCACCCGGCAACACUCGUGCCAAAAUCAAGUUCAAGCGCGUGCUAAAAAAAUAAGAUGGAUUGAGAGAAAGCUGUUAAUUGAUCAUGAAUAUUCAAAAAGAGUAAGAGUUGAAUAAGAUUAUCACCUCCAUAAGUCAAGUAAGUCAAUGUUAUGUAUUUUUUGGGUAUACAUUAGCCGGGAUACUACAGCAUUGAUUAGAGUGUUUUUGCAAGUUAACUGUAGAUUUCAGGUAUACACUACCCAGGAUACUACAGGAAUGAUUAGAGCAUUUUUGCAAGUUAACUGUAGAUUUCAGGUAUACACUACCCAGGAUACUACAGGAAUGAUUAGAGUAUUUUUGCAAGUUAACUGUAGAUUUCAGGUAUACACUACCCAGGAUAAUACAGGAAUGAUUAGAGCAUUUUUAUGACUCAACUGUAGAUUUCAGGUAUACACUACCCAGGAUACUACAGGAAUGAUUAGAGCAUUUUAACGGUCGAGUUAACUGUAGAUUUCAGGUAUACACUACCCAGGAUACUACAGGAAUGAUUAGAGCAUUUUUGCAAGUUAACUGUAGAUUUCAGGUAUACACUACCCAGGAUACUACAGGUUAAUACUAUGCAACACAGAUAACAAAAGCUCAGGAAACAAGGGGACCCAGCAUGACCCAGCGAGGUUAAUUGUCUGCGAAAUUUUUUUGAGAAGAGCUGACUCUCUCGAGUGUUGAACUAGAAUAGAAUAAUCCAGAAUAAUAAUUUUAAACAUCAAAUGCUACUGAUAUGAUUAUUAAGUUUUGUUACCUGUCUGGAGUCUCCUUUUUUCUUGAUUACUGAUGUCACUGAUCUGGGCGCCAAACAAACACGCACGAUACAUAUUUCCCACCAGAAAUAAUUAAAAGCACUUUCAUGAGACGGUGAUCAAAAUGCAAAAGCAAAAUAGGAAAGCGCCAAAUGCUAGAGGCUAGCAAUUGUUUGUUGGGCGGCGUGUGAUAGAGCAAAAUUGAUAAAAUAUCGAGAAAUCUGGACAGAAUCUUUUUGGAAUACAUUAUCAAAAAUUAUGUGAAAUACAUCAUCAGAGAACACGUGCGAAAAAAAUAAUUUGCGCUCGAUAUUUUUUCUCGGUAUUUUACAUCAACAAAAAACUGGAGUAUUAAAAAUCACGACUUACCAGCCAUUGCUCGGCUAAACAAAGCUAAACUUACCAAAGUCGAUAACCAAGUAAGGAUUUCCUACAGAAAUAAUUUGCCACUCUCGUUUAGCAGGGUAGUGGUUGAACUUGAUGUAGGUUAAAACGGAUUUGUUUUGCCGGCAUCUUCCCGUUAAAUUAAAGUAGAUUUAACACUUGCCAGGAGUAAUUAGAAAUCUAGCCAUUUUGCUCAUGGCUUCGCAAAUGCAACCAGCAUUAUACAGUAAAGCAACAGAAACUUUACCAAAAUAUUCACACGCGACAGUCCGGACAACCUCAGUAAAUCUAACAAAUGAAACAACAUACUGAGAGAAGAAAAAAAGGCUUCAUUGAUUGUUUCCGGCAGGCGGUGACAAGUAAUGUAUGAGAUUAGAAGACCUCCUGGUCAGAAUUUUUUUGUAACCUAAGCCCAUCAUGUACAGGUCUCACACCCAUAAAGCAGUAUCAAUGCAAUCAAUGCCUUUAUUUUUAAUCUCUUUUCUUGGAUUAUUUGACCAGAUUUUCCGCUUGUCAUGGGGAGCCUUCCAGAAUAGAGCUUUCCAAACCUUAAUGUCCUUGUCAUUAAAAUAAUAAGUUAAUUUACACAAUUAAGAUACCUUAGUAUUACUCAAUGGUUGCUGAGGGUGAAGAUGUUAUCAGCACAUGAAAAUCACUAAUGAUUUUCAAGGGCCAGUUAAUUUGCAAGACCAACAGAACCUCUUUGGGCUGGUAGAAUCAAACACACCAGUUGUUUGCAUUGCACUUAACUUCUUGACCCUGUCAAAAAUUUGUUUUUCUAAUAAUAUUCAAUUUGAAAUGUUUCAAAACUUCCGGCAUUAAAAAAUACUUCCUUUAUUGCACAUUACUCAUAUGUCAGUAGCAAAGUUUGAAUUAUUUCUUUGGCAGUAUUCUAUUUUUGUCCACCAGUUGAAGCACGUGUUAGAACAAAUCCCUCAGGUGGUCAUUAAAACCUAAUCAGCCUUCAUUCCAAAAUCUAAACUUAACUGAUUUAAACGUGGAAUUGGGUUUGUGAUAUCAAAGAAAUAACACUCAGGUCUCUGGGCAUUGCAUCUGGGUUACUAUAGAGUUGACCAAAACCAGAAACUGCAUGCAAAAAGUCUCUGGCCCCAAAGGUAGGCUGUUCAUUGUAUGAAAAUUGUGCACUUGUCUUCCAAUUGUUAAGGCCAUGUUCUUGACUUGAUACUUUUGUAUUUUGUAAACUAUUCUGAGGAGGUUCAAGCACCUGCUUGAAUUAACAUUGUUGACUGUAUACUGGAAUGAUUGUCUUGUUCUUUUUCAGAUUAGCAUUGUGGAGUUUUUGUGUGAGUCUCCCAGUUACCCUGAUUGUCGGGGUAAACAUUACAGUAUAAUUCAUGUUGUAGCAGAGAGUCUUGACAAAAGAAGUGCUAUUCAUUACCUUUGGUCUGUCAUUUACUCACCAACAAUUGUCAUGGCCUACUUUGAGAAAACUGGAGUGAAUGUCACUGUAGACUGGAAAAAAGUUCUCACGAAUGGAAACUUAACAGAUGGAAUAAGUUUCACUGAAUACAGUGAAUACAUUACAGCACUUGUUAUUCCUGCAAUCUAUGAAUUCCAGGAUCCAAAGGAUGCACUUUUUUAUACUGAUUGGAAAAAAGUCAAAGCUGACACUAUUGUGAAGCAUCCAUUUCACAAACUGAAUUGGGAAAAACCAGUUAUUGACCGUGAAAACAAUAUAACAACAUUUAAGGCAAGUAUGUUGGGAGGAGAAGUUACAUUUCAGGUUAGUCAUGAAAUCCACCUUAAUUUUGUUCCUUUUUUUGCUUUCAUUCGAAUGUAAUCCUUCCCUCUAUUGUCCAGUCAGAUUGUCUAGCAGAUACCUAAAGUAAUCUGUAGGUUGCAGUGAUUUCAAAAUUAACUGUAGGCUCUUUGUCAGGCAAUAAAAAAUUUCAGUGCGCAAAUGUACAGCCAUGCCCAUAUGAUGCAAAUAAAUUUUUUCACCCAACGAUUGGUUGAAGACAGGAUGGACAUGGGACUCACAAGCAUGCAAACGGCUUGUGGAUUCUCUGUUCUGUAUCACAUGUUCCCUCGAAAACAAUACACUCUUUGUUCUUUUGUUCUUUUUUCUUUGUAUCCUUACAUUACCAUUAUGACUGUUACAUCAAUUCGAGAUUUUUUCUGCCCCUGGAACAAUCACGCAUGGCUGUAUUAGGCUGCCGCUUUGCAGCCUCGUGUCUUUGAGAGGCUGCUCUUUGGCAAUAAACAUCAAUGAAAUACCAGGUGAGCUUUUGUGCAAAAACAUGUGUAAAUAACACAUUAUCUUCACAUGUGGAAAGAUCACCAUUGCCAUCUCUUCAUGAUAACUUGUGCCUUUGGUAACAAAAAAGUAUUGAAAUGAAAUGCAAAGUAAGAUGGUUCGGUAUUUUAUUGGUGUUUAUGUAAUAAGUAGAGUAUUACAUGGCUGCUUUAAAUGGUUUUUCAACACUCAAAGAGCUGGCACUUAUUAUCUUCUUUGUAUUAUAUUAUAAAUAUUUGGAAUUUGUUGUGUGAUUUGUUUGUUGUCCCAUUUACAAAGUCCAGUAUAUCUCUAGAUGCCAUAUCCUUGCAGCUGCCUCAUAUUAUAUAAACAUGUAAAGUCAUGUCAGUUAAGCUGAUAUUCCUUAUUUCCAGUAUUAUAUCAAGCACUGUUAAAAGACAUGAAAAACGGGUAAUAAUUAUUAUUACAUCAGAAUCAAGCACUUAAGUACUGAAUCUAUCAGCAUGUACAUUAAAUUUUCACAAAGUAAAAUUCAUUGUACAGUAUUAGCAGGAAGUUAGUAAAACUCUUUCAUUUUUUUUCUCUGUAGUGCAAUGCAUCUUUUCACCAAGAGCGGGAGUCAGUCCUACCACGCCAACAGUCAUCCAGCAACUCUACAGUGUUAACCCUUACACUAAAUAACUUGACAAAGCUUAACAAAACCAGAGGAAACACUCGUUUUAUAUUUGAACUAUACUCACUAACAGCACAGCAAAGUGAAAGUACUACAUGUGUUAAAGCUGAAAAAUAUAUAGAUGAUGAAUUUACGCCUGCAGUUUUUAAGACCAUUAUUGUCAAUAGUACUGGCACGGGUGGUACAGCAUACAGUGCAUGGAAGCCUGUUGCCUACAUAGACAAGAAGAGAAGUUUGGAGGAACAAGUUCCCUCUUAUGCAUAUUACAGGAAUUCUCACCAUUUUAUAUCUAGCCACUGUGAUUCUCUUCCAUAUUCUCCAUAUCACCCUUCUUCAUUUAGCAUAGCAUACCAUUUAGAGAAGUAUACAUUUCUGUCUUAUGGAAUGAACAUCUCAUUUGGACGACAGAAGGAUGGAUGGUAUGAUGGUAAAGAAGCCAAACGUUAUCUCAGUUGGUAAGUGAAUGAAGCCCCACUAACAGAAACCUUCAGGAGCUCCAGACAGAUAUUCCCAACUACAGUCCCUGCAAUUUCACCUCUCAAACCUGCAUUUUUAACUUCUUGCAAACACACAAACACCACAUUUUUCAGGGUGCAAAGAAGCUAAAUUUACCUUCAGUGGACAACAAAGUAAAUCUAAACUGAAAUUUAACAUAAAUAGGUAAAUAAUAAUUCCACAUUUAUUGAAAUUCCACAUUGGAACAAGUAAUUAAUACUAGUGUACAGGGUUGUCACUAAGAUUUCAAGUUGCUGGGUAAAUACAAUAAGUACAUGUAGGCGGGGAAUCAAACAGCUAGGGAUUUUGGUUUCUUUUGGUUUUAUUUUCUUCUAUUUCCGUACAAAAAUGGCCGGGGACCACGUUCAUAGUAACCGGGGGAAAUCCCUGGCCCCCAGCUCGAAAUGACAGCCCUGAGUGUAGUUGUUUCUUUCCAAUUCUGUACAUCAAUAAUUGAAAUUCACAAAUUUCUAGGCAACAAGGAUCUUUCAUGUGCUCUUCAUUAAAAUUAAUUCUCUGAUGGCAGGCCUUGAAAUAACAUUAUCAUUCAUUCAAAAUAUUUCUCUGUUUCUGAUUAGCUCAAAUCCCACCGCUAAUUCUUCAUAACCAGCUAGUAUUGACCAAAUUUGGAAGACAUUUGAGAUAUCUGCAAAAUGAUGUUUAUAGAAUACAACUAUCCCCCAAAGGGGAGGUGAAUAGGGGUGGAUAUGUGUGCUGAGACAUGAAGCAUUGAGGUGUAUAUAGAUCUACCACUGUUCACUGAUCCUGAAGGUGAUAGUUGUUUUAGUAUUUACCAAAUCAGUUGGAUAAAACUGAAAAAAGUAACUUUUUGUCAAUUAAAAAUGUCACUUAGUAGGACUUUUGUGUACAGUUUACAAACAUUUUGAGGAUUUUGUCAAGUGCAUUUUACAAUUUUGUUGUAAAUUUAGCAUGAAAAUAAUUUUCUACCUACCACUGAACACCGACAAGCCAAAAUUCAUCACUUUGUAUGACUGCUUCAUUUAUCGGAGAAAUUUCAUCGUCCAAAAAUGUCUCGAAACGAGAUGUCAAGGAUAUUCCAAGUUACGGGAGCCAAUCAAAACUCGCGAAAAUUGCUGUUCACUGAUUUUUGGUAAACACUAAUACAGAAUGAAAAAGGAUGGCAAACAAGACACCCUGGAGGCACGGUUGUGUUGUUUUGGUAGAGCAAGGCAAAACAGAAGAUAUAACACCAUCCGAGAUCUGCAUAAUUCUUCAGAUCAAAUUUAAGUCAAAUCCAAUAAUUGCUGAAGAUUUCUAGAAAAGUUGUCGGGUAUGCAUUUUGCAAAAUAUGUUGAUCUCUUACAGGCAUUUGGUGAUUUUAUCACUAAAACAACAAAGAGACUAAUAAAAAUGAAAUAAUAAAUAUCUUUGCAAGCCCAAGAGCUGGAGAUGAGUCAUUGAUGCUGUCAUUGUUUUUCUCUGUGUGUCUUCCAUGCGAUUUUCCAAGAAAUUUCAAGAAAAUUUAAUGUUCAAAAACUUUAUUAUUAUUUAUGGUAAAAAUGAAACACAGUGACAUACUAGUAGCUUCUCUUUUCUACACUCCUAAGGAUCAGAGAUGCUGGCAAAAUUUUUAAACUCGUCUGCAGCUUGUGGUUGCACUUGAGUUUUGAAAAUCAUUGACAUCAUGUCUAGCAUAAUCAGAGUGUAGACAAUGGAAAAUUGUUGUCAAUUUGUUAUAAAUAAAUAUAGACAAUUCAUCUAUUGAUUUCAUUCUUUUCACAGCUCUAUUAAUAAAUAUUUGAUUCUUCUUUGUUUUUUACUUAUAUUUAGGUCUGCGGUUGUAGGAUAUGGACGUCCACUGUCAGACCAUUUUUCUCCAGUGGUGCUGAUUAUCAUUAUCGUAGGCUUUGGUGCUCCAUUGCUUCUUAUUUUUGUCACUGUUGUUUAUAUUAUUGUCAAGAGAUUUAAAGCCAAAAAGGCAGCAUCAUCGUAUGGUAUAAUAAACUGA